CCGUAGUUUUGAUUUUCAUGGAGACCGGUGCUAUCAUGUCUAUUUGUAUUUGGUAUUCCUGAGGCCAUCCUACCAGUAGUCCAACUGAGGAGCUCCCUUUUCAGACAAUCCUCGAGUUUACUCUGAAGGUGGCGGUUUUGUGCCUCAUCAAGAGCAAACCAACAGUUGCCCUACAAAGAUCCUGCCAUGUACACCUGAAACCACAAAAAGACCUUUGUCCUUACCACCGUUGCAUCCAGCGUCCUGUUUGAGGUCGAUCUGCAGCUCUCUGCUCUGUUCGGGGUUUGAAAACGUGACUGAAAGAUCGUGACUGACCAACUUUGAAACUGGUGCGCAAUUCGGACAGAACCUCGGUCGUCGCUCCUCAUCGGUCUCUGUCGAGCUUUCGACGAUGGGCAUGGACUCUCAAACAUAGAAGCAACCUCCACGAUGAAAGGGGUUUCGAUGCAUCAUUCUUGCAAAAGAAUGAGAGUCUCAUUAUUCUGAUCUCAUUAUCACAUCACUGCGUAAACCUUCAACUAACUUUACCUUUCGAAUCGACGUUAAAAAUCGCGAUGAACUCUUCCUUUGACUCCAUUCUUCUAUCGCACGACAUGAAAGAUGACUUGAGCUGUGGAUACGUCGGAGAUCAAUGUCUUUGUGGCUGCUGGGAAGAUGCCAUGGCAACGAACCGAUACGCUCGAGCCAUGAGCAAGAAAUCUACCGGUUCCAGUGCCUUCCAAAAUGAACUUCGUAAGUCCGACAGCGAUGACAGCAGUACUUGUAGCACAGGCACGACAAUGGACGAUGACGAAUCCAUCGCGGACAUGUUCCUUGAUGACGUUGAUGAGGAUUCGUCCGAUUCUGGAGAGAAAACGAAGUGCUAUAAGAUCUCCGUUUUUAACAAGGGAGAACCUCAACAAGGAGAAAGCAACCAUGACGAUACAGUCCUCCGAUUCAAGAUCGCGGUGGAAGGAAGUCGUGGCAUGUAUCUGUCCGAUAUCGACGUACUUGUCCAGCACGUCCAAGAGCUGAUUAUGGAUGAUCAGAAUGUCCAGUUCGAAGCACAUUUCCUGGACUCUAGCUUGGUUGUCUCAGGCAAUGCGGAGGACGUGCUGCGAGUUAUCAAGGACUGCGACGCGCAAGCAAGUAGCAUUCAGUAAUCAAAAGCUGCUAGUGUACCUCGACAACAUCAUUAAUACUUUACUUAGUUAAACCAAAUUGCAACCAUAAACUCAAUCCAAC